AUGACACCUCACCGUGUGUUUGUCCUGUCCUUGAGAAUCACCAUGACACCUCUGCCAGAGGUACAGGUUUCGGAAGCCUUGUUAGACUUUGAGUCGGAGCUGCGGGUUCGCCCUCCUAAGGCUGCGUCACUCUAUUGGCAAUCGGGAAGUCUUUGGCUUUCUUCUUGUUUCGUUUUCCGGACUUGGGACUACUGCCGACCCGCGCCGGUGACGGCUUCGUGCGCGACCCCUCUCCCGGCCGGCGGCGUCUGUGUUGGGUGCCGUUCGCGCCACCUUCCCUCGGCUCGCUGUUUUCACGGUCGCGUCGCUAUGGAGGGCUCUCACUGCUGUGUGGCCUGCGGUUCCCUCCUUGGGCCGUCCGACACCCUGAACCGGUGUGCGGCUUGCCGUGGCCUAUCUGACGACCCACGCGGGGGGUUUGCGGAUGUUUGUUCGUCCCCCUCCCCCGUCGUGCUCGGGGGCCCGUCCGCAUCUGAGACGCGGCCCCCUUCUGGGCUUAGGCGCUCGAAGCGUCGCGGUCCUUCGGCUCCUCCGUCCGGCCCCCGUCCGAAGAGAUCGAAAGUUGACGAGCUGCUCGCCUCUGAUGUCGAGCGGCUGCGCAGGGAGGUGGCUGAGUUGCGGUCUCUAUUGGGUGACCGUCCCCCGGGUGACUCAGCGGCUGCUUUUGAUCCGCGUUCGCCUGGCAUGCCCGACCUUGACCUGGAGGCCGAUGCCGUCUCGCUGGCGGCUUCGGCUUCCAUGUUCCAUGAUGACGUGGGUGAGUCGGCGUUUGUGCCUUCGGAGCUCGGCUCCUCGUCCUCUGCGCUGGGCUCGUCAGCCGGCUCCCCUGACGCUUCCAUACUGGCGGUGCUGCGCGGCGCGUUGGCGCGUCUACAGCUGGACUUGCCUCAACGGCCCGCUUCGGCGCCGGCGAGCGCAUUUUUUCGGCACCAGCGGUCCGCCCCGAAUUUUGCGGUCCCUGCUUCGGCCGACUUUGUUAGGGAGCUCCAUGCGGGCUGGAGGGAUCCGGCGGCUCUCUCUCGUCUUUCGGCCGGUGGUCGGGCUCUGGCGGCCAUGCAUGAUCCGGCCGCUGUGGGCCUGGACCGCAUGCCGGGUGUUGAGCCCGCCAUUGCAUCCCUCAUCGUGUCCCCUGAGGAGUCUCUCCGCCCGGUUGUGCGGUGCCCUCAGCCACAGGGUCGGCUGACGGAUGAACUCAUUCUCCGGGCCUAUGGUGCCGGUGCGCGUGCUGGGCGCAUCGGUAAUUCCAUGGCUCACCUCUUGUUGGCCCUCUCGGGCAUGUGGGCUUCUGCGACGCGGCGUUGCACGCGACGCUCCGUGACGUUCCGGUUGAACCCGGCCAUCUUUUUGGCUCGGCGGCGGUGUCUGCCUUGGAGAGGACUAUUUCGGCCCGUGCGACCAGGCAACAGCUGUCGGGCCUGCGUCGGGGCUCCGCUCCUGCAGGUGGGCUGGGGGCUCCCUCUGCUGGUUUUCGUCCUCGCCGUGCGGCGCACCUUUCCCCUGAUGGGGGCUAUGGUGCCCAGCCAGCCUCCCGGCAUUCAGCCGAUUCCUUUCGUGACCCCGCCCGCUUGCCUCCACGUCGGGCGCAGGCGGGGCCUCCCGCCCGCCAGCCCCCCAGGGCCCGUCGGGGCCGGAGGGGCAGGGACUGAGGCCGUUGGGCCGGCCGUCGGAUUUUUUUCACACCAGCAGCUCAGGUACUGGGCUGCUCGAGUUUCGGACCCCUGGGUGAUAUCCACCUUGACCCAUGGGUACGUGCUCCAGUUCCGACGCCGGCCCCCCGUGUCCCGCCGGGUCCGGGUGACUACUGUCUCGGACCCGGCGAGGGCUCUGGCUCUGAGCCGGGAGCUGUCUUCUCUCCUGGCCAUGGGGGCCAUCGAGCCUGUGGAUCCCCGGGCUUGCCCCCGGGGUUUUUACUCAACUUAUUUUCUGGUUCCGAAGAAGACCGGCGGUUUUCGGCCGGUUCUGGAUUUGCGGGGCCUCAAUCGGUACCUGAAGGUACUUCCGUUCCGCAUGUUGACCGUCGCGGAUGUAUUGCGGGUGGUCGCCCGGGGGGAGUGGUUCACCUCCGUGGACCUGAAGGACGCCUACUUUCAUGUGCCGGUCGCUCCUCGCCACAGGCGGUUUCUCCGCUUCGCCUACAGGGGUCGCCACUGGCAGUUCAGGGUGCUCCCCUUCGGGCUCUCCCUUUCCCCGAGGGUGUUCACCCGUGUUGUGCGGGCUGGUCUGGCUCCCCUCCAGUCGGUGGGCAUGAAGAUUCUGCCCUACCUCGACGACUGGCUGCUGUGUGCGCCGUCGCGCGCUCAGACGUACGGCGAUACGGCAGUCCUUCUUGCCCACGUGGAUCGCUUGGGCAUCAGGGUGAAUUUGGGGAAGUCGUGUCUGGUUCCUUCCCAGCAGGCGACCUUCCUCGGGGUGUCUCUGGACUCGGUGGCCAUGUUGGCUCGACCGUCGUCCCGUCGGGUGGAGGCCGCUCUUCGCCUCCUCUCGCAUUUUCCGGUGGGUCAGGUACGUCCGUAUCUGACCUUUCUGCGUCUUUUGGGCGUGCUGACGUCCCUGACCGCGGUCGUGCCCCUUGGUCUUCUCUUCUUGCGCCCCCUGCAGCGUUGGCUGAAUGGCUUUCGCCUGGACGCCAGGCGGCACCGACGACGGUUACUGAGAGUCUCCGGCCGGUGCGCGGUGGCCUUGGCGCCGUGGAGGAACGGGGCUUUCUUGUUGGAGGGCGUUCCAUUGGGGGUUGCCCCAGUCCGUCGCGAGGUGGUCACUACGGACGCCAGUCGCUUGGGAUGGGGUGCCGUCUGGCAGUGCAGGGCUGCUCGGGGCAGCUGGUCUCUGCGGGACCACGCUGUCCACAUCAACGUCCUGGAGCUGCGUGCGGUUCACCUGGCUCUCCGGCACUUUUACCCUUUCCUACGGGGAAGGCACGUGCUGGUGCGUUCAGACAACGCUGCCGCCGUGUACCACAUCAACCACCAGGGGGGCACGAGGUCCGCUCAUCUCUUGGAGGCCUCCCGCCGUCUUCUUGUGUGGGCGGCCCCUCGUCUUGCGAGUCUGCGGGCCGCCUAUCUUCCCGGCCAGUUGAACCGUCUGGCGGACUCCUUGUCCCGCCGUCGCCUCCCGGCGGGGGAGUGGCGCCUCCAUCCCGAGGUGGUGCGCGCGAUUUGGGGAGUUUUCGGCCAAGCCGAGGUGGACCUCUUCGCCUCCCGGGAGUCGGCCCAUUGCCCUCUCUGGUUUUCCCUGGGGGAGCGCUCCAGCCCUCUCGGUCAGGACGCGCUGGCCCACCCCUGGCCGAGGGUCCUGCUCUACGCCUUCCCGCCGCUCCCUCUGAUCUGGCUGACGCUUCGGAGGGUGUCUUUGGAGGGGCACUCAUUGCUGCUGGUGGCCCCCUUCUGGCCGGCUCGCCUAUGGUUUCCCCUGCUGCGCAGCCUGUGUGUCGGCGAGCCUUGGUGCCUCCCCGAGAGGCGGGAUCUACUGUCCCAGUUGGGGGGCCAGUUAUGGCAUCCCGAUCCUCGCCGUCUCCGCCUGCACGUCUGGCCGCUGAGGGGACCGACUCGCUGUUUGACGCCUGCUCGAGUUCAGUCAGGCGGACGCUUUUGAACGCCCGGGCGCCCUCCACC